AUGACCAUAAUAUCGGAUCUUAUCUCGUUAUGUGCAGCACUCCAUCGUCCUGAAGAACUCUCAGUCGAAGGUUACCACCGUCAAACACGCGACCAUAUCGCAUCGCUUCAAUCUUCAACAUGGUCUCAGGCGAUUCGCUCUGUUGUCUUGGAGGAAGGUCUCUUAGAUAAUUUCGAUCCCUCCACAGACUCGGCCAUCUAUUUGAUCAUUCUUUACCUAAAAAUUGAGACCAUCUCUAAAUCGACGCGACAACUGCCCGUGGAUUUAGCUCCCUCUGGCGAGCUAUGGUUGAGAGCUUCACACUUCUUUGCGACUUUUGAUCCUAUACAGGUCCGGUAUCUUGGAAACGAAUGGCGGCAGCUUAUUGGGCUAAUUGCACAAUCCGCUCAAGCUAAUUCAAAGCCUCUGUUGGCCGCUCAAAUCAUCCGCGAUGCGUUGCUGCGACUUGAUCCUUCAUCCGCGGUCGUCUCAUCAACUCACCUCCUUUUGGUUCGGCUCUGUCUACAGGCUCAGGCAUAUACGUGUGCUCUGCCGGUGCUAGACAAGCAUAUUACCCAGAUACCACUCUUGACUGCAACUGCUCCUCCUACCUCCUCUAUUUUCCAUGCAAAGGACAAGUCCAGUCUUGCAUUCAUCAACGAGGCUACCGGACUAUCGGCGAAGAUGAAAAUUAGGGAUAACAUGCAGUACUUCUUGUACGGUGGAAUGGUAUUCAUGGCACUUAAGCAGUGGCAGAAAGCAUCAUACUUUCUGGGGAAUGCGUUUUCGAUAAAAACUCACGGCACUAUGAGCAAGAUCCAGGUUGAGGCAUACAAGAAAUGGAUUUUGGUAAGCUUGCUCGAAAGUGGUAGUCGGCGUGAACCCCCGGUAUCAAUCACUUCCCAACAUCUUGAAAAUUUGCAGUUCCAUGCGAAGCCUUAUAUAGACUUCGCCCAAGCUUUCAUCAGUAGUGACUACAAAAAGGUGGAAGCUCAGGUGCAAGCUAGCCAAGAUUUAUGGACCGCGGAUUAUAAUAUGGGCCUCAUCAAUCAGGUUCUUGUCGCUUUCAAAAAAUAUUCCCUGAUCAAGAUCAACAAAACGUUUGCUGCCUUGACAGUUUCAGAGAUCUCAGAACAGUUGUCGUGGCUGCCAGAUGAUCCCAAAGGUGCCGAAUCAAGUAUUGCAUCUCUCAUAAUGUCAGGUGCGCUGAACGCGGUGUUAGUACACCGUCCUAUGGCAGACACAAUGGUACGCUUCAUAAAUGAGACCACAUCUCCCCGACUCUCUCAUGAGAUUGAGACGCAAGAUCGCUUCAAGGGCGAGAGCCAGUCUCUGGAAGCACUCAUGAGAGGUCUCACAGAAAUCAAUCACUCCCUUGGACUGAGUGAUGCAUAUGUUGAUGGCCUCGAAACAAGCCAACAUAUGGAAGAAGACAGAGCUAUGACGACGAUGACAAAUAUUGGAACCGACAUAGAGGAAGACCUAAUGGUUGACUUCUCAUAA